UGUCUUUACCAGAGUGGAAUUCCAUUUUUUAAUAGAAAGUACCCACUUUUGGUGUGGGAUUUUUUUUCUAUUAAGGAAAAUUAAAAUAUUUCCUUACUGAGGGUGGAACAUCUGGAAUUUCAGGUGCUCCUAUUUUUUUUUUUUAAGUAAAUGUUGCUGCUGAUGGGCUGCAGCAAAAAAAUCUACACCGACAGGGGAAGUGUUUUGUAUGGGAUUUUUUAAACAGAUCAAGAGUUUCUCCUGGGUCUCUUUUGUAAACUUUUUAAAAUACGUUAAACACACCCUGGGCAAACCGUGCUCGAUCUUCUCAGCUCCAUCUCGCUUCACCAUGCACCAUUUACUGCCCGUACUGAUUUAUGCAGCUCUUGAGUCCCUGGCUGGACAUACGGCAUUGGCUGUCUUUCAAGCACCACCUCACACAAACCAGAGCUGGGCACUGCCCACCUUCUUGGCCCACCUCAAGCGCUUGGCAUCCUCAAACAUCACCACCACUGUGAUCAGCAGCAAGGUCCCGGCCUCUGAGACAUGCCAAGGGUAUUAUGAUGUCAUUGGCCAGUAUGAUGCUGCGUUCAACUGCACCACAGGGGGUUACCGGUUCUGCUGCGGCACCUGCCACUACCGUUUCUGCUGCGAGGAUCGGUCCAGGAGGCUGGAGCAAGGGAAGUGUCCCAAGAGUCCACCAUGGAUCACCACCCCAGCCACCGGCACAUCCACAAAGGGACCUGAAGCACCAAAUGGAAGCAAGCAAACUGGCAAUAGCACCGUGUAUGUGAUCUGUGGUGUCAUUAGCUUUACCUUAGCAGUGGGAGUUGGGAUGAAAUUCUUCUUCAGCAAAGCUUCAAGGAGGCCACAUGGAAGAGAGCUCAACGUGCCCAGGGCUCUGGUCGACAUUCUCAGGCAUCAAGCAGGGAGCAGUUCGUGCUCCGAACGCAACAACAGCCUUGUUAUUAACUCGAACUUCCAAGACAAUGGUUCUGCUCGACCCCCCAAGAACCUGUACAGCACAGUGAAACCUUCCAAAAGCAGCCACGAUAACAUGCAUCACAAUUACAUGCACUUGAAUGCCAGCAGCCCCAAGCAUCAUACUGCCACUUUGGACUGGCAUAUGAACCACACCCCCAGCCACUCCACUGGGAAGUACAACACCCUCAGCUGCUCUCGCUCCUUCCACAACCUCUCCCACCUGCCACCGUCUUACGAAACAGCUGUCAAGUCAGAACUGAAUCGCUAUUCCUCACUCAAACGCUUGGCAGCUGAGAAGGACUUGGAUGAGUUCUAUGUCAAGCGGAGGCAUCUUGCUGAACUGACACGAGGGACCCUGCCCUUACAAGCCAUGAAGAUGAACUACGAGAGGGAUGGCUACUCAGAGAAAUCACACAAUCCACGACGGGUCAUGUCCCAGGAGCACAUCCUUUCUGAUGGUGGCAGUGGAGGGGGAAGCUACCGCCCAUCACACUAUGACUACACUAUCCCGCGAGAGCGUGUGGUAUCUCAUGAACGCCUCCUCUCCCGCGAAAACUUGCAUUCACAGGAGCGCUUGCUUUCACCUGAGCGUCUCCAUCAAGGCACAGGUCCCUUCCAGGAUAUGCAUAUGGGCCAUCAGAAGGCCCACUCUCAAAGCAACGUCUGUGCCAGUAGUACCCCCAUGCUUGAUCACCAUCACAUGAUGCAGAUGAACUCUCAGCCCCCCUCCAACAACUCCCCCAAGACAACUGCUCCUUGGGAGGCCAGUAGUAACCAGGGUGCUGCAAGCCGGCGCCAGGGCUUUGCAACCAAGCGACAAGCCACCAUUGAGCAACUCCAAUACAUCCCUGGGCACCACCCAGGCCAGCACAUCCAUACUGGCAGCAAGAAUGAGGUCACCGUGUGAGACGCCCUAUUCCCCAGCUCAGGUUAAUUCGAUUUUCCAAGGCCAUAUUUCUUAGCUCUUUUCUGCUCCACCCCACCCUUUCUUUGGUGCUCACCAUCUUUUUGGGGGAAUCCCCUUUUCCCUUAAAGCUCUGUGGCCUCCAUCUUGAUUGAUGUCAAGUCCUAGCCUGGUCUUUGAUAAUAUUACCAUCACAUCUCUGACUUCCGAUGAUGUCCAUCUGACCAAUCAGGUCUUGACAAUAUAUGAUGAUGAAAUUUGCCCUAGGUGUUGUGAUGACAUCCAUGCUGUCAACAUGUGAUGUCAAGGCCCAUAUGGUAUCUUACAGGGCAUCUACCGCACAAUCUUGGUCAGCUUCUGAAGAUAGUAAGAAGUCUCAUAAAUACAUGAUGCUGCUGUUUUCCAUGUCUGCUGAAACUACUGCUGUUGAAAUCUGAUGAUGUUGAAGCUGAUUGUCAAAGACCAGGGUGGAUCUUCCAUGGCAUCAAUAAUGUAGCCUUGAUGAUAGCUUUGGAUAAUAUCACACUUGCCAGGCCUCAUCAUAGCUAUGGGCCUUGUCUCAGACUUUUGAAUAUUGAUGACAAUACCUGUGGAUUUAUUAUGAAGCCGGCACCCUCUGCUUCUGAUACUAAAAGCGCUGUGAGCAUCGCCAAUCCUUCUGGAGGCUCCAUUGACCAACAGACACCAUCGGCACCAUCAGUGGUGUCAACACUGUGGACUCUGUCGGCUGCUGCUGCUGAUGUAAGCGCUGUGGGUCUUGUUGACCUCUGAUGUCCUCACCAUCAAGAUCUGAUGAUGCAACACUGUGGACAUUCAAUGACAUCAACAUUGUGUGACUUGUCACUGAUGAAUGAUGUCAGUGGAGAUAAAGGUUUGUCAGUAUAUUGAUUGUGAUACAACCCUGCAGGCCGUCAUGUUGGAUUGGUGUAUUGGUCAACAUUUUAUGAUGUUGGGGCGAAUCAUGUUGAUAUUUGUAGAGGCCUUGUCAACAUUUAAUCAUAUGACCAAUCUUGAUGAUUAAGGAUGAAGUCUAGGUUCCUGUGCCUGUCAACUUUUGAUGAUGUCAGCACAAUGGACUCAGCCAGUAGCUACAGAUGUCAAAGUAGCCAGGCUUGGCAAUGAUGUUGACUUUUGGUGACUUCAUCACUGUGGGCCUCAUUCAGCACUGCUUACAUCAUUGACUGCUGUGAGCUCAUCCACUUUGGAUGAAGUCACCCCUUUGGGGCUUCAUCUGCUUUUAUGACUAGGAUCACUACCUGGGACCUGGUUCACACCAGCACCUUAGUAGGAGGUCAAGGCACCUGACCCUACUGGUGCACGAGGUCAUGAUGACCUUCUGAUUACAUGAUCAUGUACUUUGCCUGCGCAGAGAGCCACCUUCCCUGCUCCUUCCUUACAAAUGCUCCAGGACAAGAAUGAUCGGAAACAGUGGCCAUCUUGUCUUGUUGCAUCCAGAAUUGAGUUUGGCCAGAGCAGAAAAUGCAGCACGUGGUGUUUCACCCCACUCUGCCUUCUGCCAUUCUCAUAGCAUUGUUAUCUUACAACCAUGCCGUGUCUCUGCCCAUAAUGGAUAUAUAUGGCAGGGCCGGGGCCACCCCCUGUACAUAUCUUUAUAUAUCAAUAGCAUUCUCUUUCACUUUUUUCCUAGUGCUUUUUAUUAGUUCCUCAGUACUGGGGGUGACCUUCCAGCCCUAAUCCCUCCUCGUUCACAUGAGUGUAGUUUAAGUAAGACUGAAUUGUUUCAAACUCUGUUGUCACAAACAACCCCCCCUGCACUGCAAUGACACUCAGGACUCUCAAAAAUGUCAUCCCAAUUUUUCUUCCUUAGUAAAGUUGUGCUGUUUUAGAACUACAAAAGAGAAAGGGCGAUGACGUGUAUAGUACUCCCAACAUUCAAUAAAUCAGGAUAAAAAACAAAAUUUGAAGUGAGAAUAUAAGAAAUUAAUGAAAUUUAAGGGUUUUUUCUUAAAAACCAGUGACAUACUAUUUACAGUUUUCCUUUGCAUAUUCCUAAAUAUACUGAGAUCUUGAUUUGAAUCACUACUGCAGUUUUCUUAUCAAAGAGACGGGGAAAUUCACAGCAAUUCAUGGGUUUAGCAAAUUUUCAUUGCCAUGAAUGACAAAUUUCACCCAUCUCCCUGCAAACGUAUUUAAUCACUUUGUUUGUCCUAUUUCCUCCAAUGGAUGAUCCUUUGCACAGGAAACAUUAUUUUGUUUUCUUUGAAAAUCUACUGGAAAAUAUUUUUAAAAUAACAAGUUUAGAGGGAAAUUUGUUUGCUUUCUGUUUUUUGCUCUUACAAGGGAGAGACAAUUUGUACAAACUAUAUUUGAAAUACGGAAUUUGUAUUUGAAAAUUUGUAUACCUCAAGUUUCACAAAUGCUGAAGUUUGUUGGUGGAAUUCUAGUGGAAAGAUUCAAAAGAUAACUGUCUUCAGGAUGGUAAGUCUUCAAACAUUGCUGUCAAAAUCUGAAAUUAAUGAGAUAUUGAAAAUUUUAGAAAUUGCUAUGUGGCCAUUUCCAGUUUCAUUAUGCGCUUUUGUUUGAGCACUUAGAUUUGCCUGCUUCAUUUUCCACACCAAAAUGCUCACAUUUGUGCAAUGAAUUGCUUCUGGAUCACUUUU